UACUUGAUCUGAUGUUUUAUACGAGAAAAUGGACCUUAUAUACACGCGUGAAUGGACUAAAGUAGGUUUGAUUAUAUUAGAAACUAGUGCUUUUUGAAGAAAAGUGGGACAAACGUUCUUGUCCUAGUAUUCACUAUGAAUUAUAUGCCGUUAUGUCCCUUACUUACUUUCAAACAACAUUUGCCGUUGGAAUAUUGUCGCGAACUAACCCAGUGCUGAUAGCUUAUGUUCCGCAAUGUUAAACAUAUUAGAUUUAAUUUUCCUAGGAUUGGCCCUUAUGGUAACUUUUACAGGAUUUCUAAUUAAUAAUUUUGAAAAACAUGUACCAGUUUUUAUUAUUAAAGGGUACAGAUACGGCAGUUUUGCGUAUCGAGGCUCUGGGGCGAAUUAUCUACAAAUGAUAGAGAUACCGAAAGCAUAUUACCGGCACUUUUAUUCAUUUUCCUCAAUUUUCUGUGUCACUACACUGAUUUAUACAAUUUUAGUGUAUUUUUUUAAUUUAAAUGUUAGUUCCUCAAUUGUUUUUAUGCUGAGGAUACUUCUGGAGCAAGAUGAACCUGGUGUGUGUGCUACCGCAGCAGUGAUAGCUCUGAGCUUACUAUCAGUGCAGUGUGCCAGACGUUGCUAUGAGACAUACUGCCUGCAGGUGUUUGCCAAGUCUAGUAAGAUGAACCUCAGCCACUAUUUAGUUGGCAUUGGUCAUUACUUUGCAUGUAUUGUUGCUGCUGUGGGCCAGGCGCCACUAUUUUGUGGUCAUCAAAACAGAGAAAAGAUAAUUUGGACGGAUAGUCGAACAACUCUUCUCUCAGUCCCCUGUAUUCUUACCUUCCUCUGGGCUUGUUAUGAACAGUACCAGACUAAUAUAAUCUUUGCGAAUCUACGUAGAGACAAGAAGACGGGCAAAGUUGUAACGGAAGAUCACAAGAUACCAAAUGGAAGAUUGUUUGAGCGAGUCUCCAGUCCGCACAGAAUGUGUGAAAUUAUUUUGUACACUGUACUAUUCAUUUUAAUACCUACAAAGACAUUCUUCUGCAUUUAUUUAUGGGUAUUAAGUAAUCAGAUUCAGACAGCAAUUCAGGCACAUGAAUGGUACAAAAAGUCAUUCAAAGACUAUCCAGCGAACAGAGCUGCAAUAUUUCCAGCUUUAUUAUAAUUUAAGGAAUUUUUAUUUUUUAAUUUAAAAUUACUAAUUUUG